CCCCUUUUUUUUUUUUUACAUUGCCUGGCUGGCUCAGAGAGUAAUUGUAUCCCAUGCUGUGUUUUUUGUCAUAAGUUGUAUGUUUUGCAAAAAGUGACUGAAUGAUUGCUUUUGCCUCUUUUUCUUCUUUUUUUUUUUUUUGUUACAUAACGUUUAUUGUGUGAACUAGUGGAAAAUACAGCAAUUGUAAACCUGUAUAAGUGUACUUAAUUGUUGAUCAUUUUUUUUACUUUAAUUCAGUUUCAGAAACAUUUCUCAUUCAUAACACGCUUUGAAUAGUUAGAGGAGAAAGGUACACUUUAGUGAUUGUUUUGUAAAAACAGUAAACCAACAAAACAGAAUGUAGCAGUCACAGAAACGGUGCUGUGGCGCCACCUACUGGUCUUAAUUGAUGUUUGCAAUUAAAUGUCCCGGCCUUGUUCACAUGUAAAGUUAAACUAACUUUGUGAUGGCAUAAUACAGCAUUGUUUUUUAAACUUAUCUUUUUUUGUCCUUGGUUAGGACAGAUAAGAUGAAAGUGAAUAUUUUAAAAGCUUUUAGUUUUAUUGAAGAUAGUGUAAGAAUGAUUGAAUCCGCUGUUGUUUGUUUAAAACUGGAGGAAAUAUAUAAUAUAAGUAAAAAUUUUACAUUUUUYCCCCCCUGGUUACUUCUGAAAUAAAAGGAGUUUAGUUAACAUCUGGGUCUUGAAAACUAGUUUGAGUGGACGAGUUUAUUUUGAAAACCGGAAGUCUGCACCGAGUCAAGUGCAGUUCCAUCCAUCGCAGGAGUCAGGAUGGCUGGGAAGGCGUGGAGUUUACCGGUAUGUAGCUACGCACAAGAUUUGUGUAAAUAUGUCAUAAAAAUGGUCUCAACGAUGUUUUUUAAGAGUUUUUGUUUAUGUGUCAUUUUUCCAAACAGCGUUAAUAAAUAUAGCCUAGGGCUAAGAGAGCUGUUGUCCCAACUACUCUCACCCUUUCCAUAGCAAACUAUCAAACUAAGUACGUGUUAAGAAUAUUAAAGUCUUGUCUAGACUUUUUUUCUGUUACAGAAAAAUGUAGCUCAUUUAACUUCGUAAAACUUGUUUUAGUUAAAAUAUCAUUGCUAGUUUGUGCAAUUCAGCUGAAUUUACUUCAAAACUUAAAAUGUGCCCACAUUUUCUGCUGUGUUAAACUUGUUUCUCACACCGUGGGAGGCCUUUUAGGGUUGACUAUAGGCUUGUAAUGCCCCACCCUACUUCACUCUUUUUAAAGAUAACAAGUUGUUUAUGUCAUUUUUAAUAAACAAGGCCACAAAGAUGCAUGCAGUAUGUAAGAUUUGGUGUUGAAUUGAGGUUUCYAACAUGAGUUCCCCAAUAUUAUGGUAUAAGUAAAUUUGAUGGGGAUAAAACUCAAGAAAUACUUAUAUUACAUCACAUUAUGUUGACUUGUAGGUAAAGUCAGUAACAUGAUGCUACAAUAACGGGAAAACAAAUUUGACAACUGCUAUAAYAACAAAAUCACGCCUUCCCAUAAAACAUGUACAAACUCACUGAGACCAGUUUGUCCUCUAGAUUUUCCUAAAGUGUGGGUACCUGUAAAAACACUUUGCUACCAGAGUGCCUUAAACGCACCGUGGCUUUGAUUCUGCACAUCUGUGAAACUGCUGCAGAGAUGGAAAAACCAUUUUUUGAUGCUCUCUGUCUCGUGGCUGCACAUGAUUGUUUCCUUGAGAAGGCUAUCUGGACAGACAUGUUUCAUAAUAAAGAAACAAGGUGUCACUGGCGCGCAGUGCUUUGAAGAAAAGUCGACAAUCUGGGAAUUUGAUCAGAGGGAUAAAAACUGUUACUUUAUUCCCUGGUGAUGGAAUUGGUCCAGAGAUCUCCACGGCAGUCAUGAAGAUAUUCGAAGCAGCUAAAGCACCUAUUAAGUGGGAGGAGAGAAAUGUUACAGCCAUUCAAGGACCUGGUGGUAAAUGGAUGAUUCCUCCAGAGGCCAUAGAAUCGAUGCACAAGAACAAAAUUGGCCUAAAAGGUCCUUUGAAGACACCGAUAGCAGCUGGUCAUUCAUCCAUGAACCUACUUUUGAGAAAAACCUUUGAUCUCUUUGCUAAUGUACGACCCUGUGUGUCCAUUGAGGGUUAUCGAACCCCCUACACAGAUGUGAACCUGGUCACCAUCCGGGAGAACACGGAGGGAGAGUACAGCGGGAUUGAACAUGUGAUUGUUGAUGGAGUUGUGCAGAGCAUUAAGCUCAUUACAGAACAAGCCAGCCAGCGCAUCGCAGAGUACGCGUUUGAAUAUGCAAAAACUAAUCAGAGGUCCUGCGUCACUGCUGUCCACAAGGCCAAUAUCAUGCGAAUGUCAGACGGACUUUUCCUGAGAAAAUGCAGAGAGGCUGCGGAAAAGCACAGAGACAUCAAGUUUACUGAGAUGUUUCUGGACACGGUGUGUCUUACUAUGGUCCAAGACCCCACUCAGUUUGAUGUACUGGUGAUGCCAAACUUGUAUGGAGACAUCUUGAGUGACCUCUGUGCUGGGUUUAUUGGAGGUUUGGGAGUGACUCCGAGUGGAAACAUCGGUGCCAAUGGUAUGGCCAUAUUUGAGUCGGUUCAUGGAACGGCCCCAGACCUCGCAGGAAGAGACCUGGCGAACCCCACGGCCCUGCUGCUCAGCGCCGUCAUGAUGCUGCGACACAUGGCGCUGCACGACCACGCCAAGAAGAUCGAAACUGCUUGUUUUGACACCAUUCGAGAUAAAAAGGUAAUCCUAUUUAUCAUAUGAAUUAUUUCUYGAAACCAACUUGAACUCUGCCUCCAAUGCACAUUAUGGGAAGCACUGAAGGCAUUUAUGAGGGGAUGUAUCUUAUCAUAUAGUGCAUUCAAAACAAGAGAAAAGAGGAAAAAAUUAACAAAAUUAUCUGAYGAAAUAAGAACACUUGGAACAACAGCACUCUAAAACAAAAAGAAUGGGCAUAUUACAUUCUUUGGCAUUGAAACAAAUAGAGUACAACAACUUUUGUUCUGCUAAGGCUGAGGCUGCAUUAACUAGGACUAAUUAUCAUUAUUAUGAAUUUGGAAAUAAAACUGGUAAAUUGCUUGCAUGGCAGAUCAAGAAGGAGGAAUCAGAUAAAAUAAUUCACACAAUAACCACUGAUGAUGGCAGGUCUUUAACUGACCCUCGAGAUCAAUAUAGAAUUCAAAAAAAUUUAUGAAAUAUUGUAUAAAUCAGGAUACAACAUUAACAACAAUUCUGCGAAGCAGUUUUUGGCUGAUAUACCUCUCCCACAGAUCAAUGAUGAAGAUAAAAAACUGUUUGGAUUCUGAUAUAACUGAGAGGGAGGUUCUACUGGCUAUGAAUUCAUUACAGAACGAUAAGACCCUGGGACCUGAUGGCUUCCCCACUGAAUAUUACAAAACGUUCUCAUACAAACUACUGUUGCCUUCAACAGUUAUGAUUAAAGAAGCUCUGAAGGAGCAGGCCUUGCUGGGCUUUCUCGAGCUAGCUACCAUAACUACUACCAAAAUCUGAUAGGGAUAGACAAAAAUGUGGCUCCUAUAGACCCCUGAGUCUUUUGAAUGCUGACUACAAGAUUAUCUCUAAAUUGCUUGCUACUAGGUUGGAUGGCAUUAUGCCAAAAAUAAUACAAUCUGAUCAAACAGGAUUUAUCAGGAGUAGACAGGGAUCUGAUAAUGUUUGUCGUCUACUCCAUACAAUCGAUUCAACACGAACAACAAAAGAGCCUACACUGAUCAUUUCAAUGGAUGCUGAGAAGGCGUUUGAAAGGAUGGAACCCGCGUUUUUAUUUAAAACGCUUUCAAGAAUGAAUUUUGGUGACAGAUUCAUUCACUACGUUAAAACACUCUUUAAAAGCCCUAGAGCUCAAAUACUAACUAAUGGGGUCCUGUGGGACGCAUACUCACUGACCAGAGGGGUCCGACAGGGCUGUUGCAUCUCCCCGUUAUUGUUUUCGCUCGCCAUCGAACCAUUAGCUCUCGCUAUCCUAGCUAACACUUCCAUUUCUGGUGUUAAAUUCGGUAGUUCAGAGCAUAAAAUCUCACUACACAGACGACAUUCUGAUCCACCUAAUUGAACCAAAUGACUCAGUUCCUCCAUUAUUUCAAUGUCUCAAAAAGAACAGCAUCAGGAUAUAAAAUAAACUUGACAAAGAGUGAAGUUUAGCCUCUAAACACACAAGAUUUGGAUAUCAGAACUCUCGUUGAACCACUGAAAAUAUGUCCCUAUGGGUUAAAUACUUGGGCAUAAAUAUUAGAAAACAACAUGAUAAAGUAUUUAAAGACAAUUAUUUAAAUCUUUUAGAGAAAAUAAAGUCUGACACUCAAAGAUGACUUGACCUUCCUCUAUCUUUAAUUGGAAGAGUAAACAUAAUUAAAAUGAAUGUGUUGCCUAAACUUAUUUACUUAUUCCAAUGUAUUCCGUUGGUUGUCCCUAAGAGCUUUUUUAGUAAGGUUUACAAAAUUACCUUGUCCUUUUUGUGGUGAAAUAAGAACCCCAGAGUAAAACUUACUACCCUCCAGGCGCCUUAUAACAAAGCUGGCCUAAAUCUUCCAAAUUUUAGGUCCUAUUACUUGGCAUCUCAGUUUUGCUCGAUAUGGAUUUGGUUACAUUUUGAGAGCUGUAACAUUAAAUGGCUUCCUAUAGAACAGCAGCUGAUGAAAGCAACUCAAGUUGUACUCCUUUUAUGGCCACUAAGAAAAAUCUUUCCUCAGUUACAAAUAGCCCCAUAAUUCUAAAUACGUUUCGGGCAUGGUAGGAAUCCCAUAUUUUGCUGGGAUUAGAUAUCUCAUUAUUAAAGAAGAUCUGAUUGUGGAAUAAUCCCAACAUCUCGUAUCCUAUUACAGAUGGAACUCUAAAGAAAUGGACAAAUAAAGGAAUCCAAACGGUUGAAGACCUUUUAUAGCAACAAUAUAUUUUCUAACUUUCAACAAUUGUCUUCCAAAUACAAUCUGUCACAAAAACAACUACUUUAAAUUCCUUCAAAUCAGACAAUGGGUUCAAGUUAAUUCAACUAAUUUUCCAAAUAUACCUAAUGAUUCCUCUUUCGAGAGGCACCUGUUGGAUAUGUGAGUCUUCCACAAAAGGACUGAUAUCUUCAAUAUACAACCUGCUGAACAGAGAUCUACCAAUUUACGAUAAACUCAUUUAAAGACAAGUGGGAGACAGACAGGAUGUAUCUAUGAGGAUACUGACUGACAAAAUAUUUUGGCCAGAUCCCAAACAGUUCUCAUCUCUACUAAACAUAGGCAAAUGCAAUUUAACAUCUUUCACAGAGUCUAUUUCACCCCGCAGAGAUUACAUAAAAUCAAUAGGAACAUAUCUGCCAUGUGCCAAAGGUGCAAGACGGCUGAAGGCAACCUACUGCCUAUGCUUUGUGCUUGUCCUCUCCUAGAAGAUUUUUUGGAAAUUUGUUAUUACCACUGUCUCAGACAUCAUAGAGACUGAUAUUCCUCAAGACCCAAGGAUCUGGCUUCUCGGAGAUGCUGAUAUGCUUAAUAUUAUGGAACGUAAGAAAUAUUUUAUGCCCUUUGUUCAUAACUUUGAUGGACAUAAUUUCUAGGUGCAGCCAAGGUGUUGAGGGGAUUGGUGACCUUAGGAUCACAUCUC